AUCUAAUGAUUUGGAUCCCUCACGCCAGCUCUCCGGAUGACAUUCCUUGGUAUCAUCCGCCUGUCCGGGCUGUGGCGACGCUAUACAGUUGGAAAACCAAUCUACCACCAGAUUUUGUUCCUGGGAAUCUCUCUCUAUACUACAGUCUCUUUCCUGGGACCGAGAUUACUACUCGAAUGGAACGUACCGCACUGAAUUUGCUGAAAAUCACGCACAAACAUGGGCAAGGCCAAAUGAACGGCUACACAAAACGUGUCCAUCACGAUGUCGUUGUACCUCAGAAGAAGUUCCAAGACACGUAUACGUAUCUCAAGGGCAAAUACGCCAGGGAUCUCAUCCGAGACUGGGUCGAGCAAACUCCACCAACUAAGAACGUUUUUGAAGAUUUAGGGAUAGCCGCAUUCCUGAUCGAGCUCUGGACGGACAUGUAUGGAGGUAGAAGUAUCCCGAAGGAUUCUACAGAGACUCUAGAAGAUGGUCCUAAGCUGGACGCAAGCCCUGCCCCGGACAGUCUCCACAAUAACUCCAAAGCUUCCUCCACUGCUUCUUCGAAAUCCUAUGAAAUAGCGUACGAUCACGACCUCAAAGCAAAAGUGCAGGACAAGUUCCCUGGUUUCAUAGAUAUCGGGUGUGGUAAUGGUCUUCUUGUCAAUGUCCUGUUGAAAGAAGGAUGGAAGGGAUGGGGCUUCGACGCCCGACAGAGAAAGUCAUGGAGCACAUACACGCCGGAUGUGCAAGCGAAUCUGAAAGAGUUCCUCCUAAUCCCUGAGAUGUUCCAACCAUCCAGUAAGCUGUGGAACCCUCCACCUCCUUUCCACAACGGCGUAUUUCCUACGGGUACCUUCAUAGUCGCGAAUCACGCAGACCAGCUCACCGGAUGGGCACCCUUACUGGCCUCUCUUUCGCAAUCGCCAUUCAUUGCUAUACCUUGUUGCAGCCACAGCUUCUCGGGUGCUAGAUUCAGAGCGGCCGUUCCAAAGCUAGCGAAGGGAUCAAAGCCUCCUUCAGCCUAUGCGGCUCUGUGCACCUGGGUGGAAAAGCUGACCGCGGAUUCUGGAUACGUAGUUGAGAAGGAGAUGCUGCGUAUACCGAGCACACGGAAUGCAGCUAUUCUUGGCCGCAAAUGGACGAGUCAUGAAAAUCAGGAGGGCAUGGCCAGGACCAUCGUGGAACGGGAAAUGGGGGUAUCAGUCGAGACGGUUGGACGAGAGUGGACAGAGAUGACGAGGAAGUUUUGGGAGAAGGGUGCUGAAAAGGAUCACUGAGUCUUCUAGAUCUCCUGCUGAUCCAAUGCUGUGAAACCCAUAUGUCUCCAAUGGGAUGGUUAGAAGUUUAUCCCUUCGUCUGUUGAAAUGCGUCCACAAAAAUCUAGCCAAUUAGAGGCUCUGAAUCAGGCCACCGUGAUGAUAACUACACCCAACCGAAGCAAUUCGAAUUCGUGUAUAUAAUUGUAUAUAGCUAGUCCUUGGUGUUGAGCUUGGCUAUAUGAUCUACCCAACC